AUGCAGCGUCUCCGACGUGUUGAGUAUCUUGUUAGAAAGUUCGAAAUUCGAUGUUCCACUCACGAAGCAUGGGCCAAAGGCAAACCAGCUAUGUUGUCAUCCAGUGAUCAUUUGUCGUGCAAUCUUCCUGAAUUGCGGGCUUUGAUGAAGCGCCAUGAAGCUUUUCAAUCAGAGCUUGCGGCAAACGACGACCGAGUAGAGCGCAUACGAGCAUUAGCUGAUGAAUUGGGGAAGUUGAAGUACCAUGACAUGGAAGCUGUUAACCGACGUUACUCAGCCAUCGUCUCUACCACUCAAGAAAUGAAGCGUCUUUCGGAGUCUCGUGAGCGGGAACUUGCACGCUUGCUUCCAGUUCUGGAGAAGAUCGAUCAACUGCAUUUGGACUUUGCAAAAUUAGCAGCGCCGUUCAAAAAUUGGAUGGAACACACUGAGGAGGAUUUGCAUGACACCCCUAUCAUCCACACGAUGGCGGAGGUUCAACGAUAUUUAUCUGCUCACAAAGCGUUUGAAAGCACACUUGAAGGCACAGAAAAGGAGAAUCAAGCUAUUGAAUUCUGCGCAAAAGAGGUCAGUCGUCUUGCACGAGAGAAUAAACUUGGAUCGUUCGAAAAUCCUUACACAAGUAUCCAGCCCGACGAAUUACCGAAGCGUUGGGCAUUGAUUAAAGAGUUGGUCAAAAAGCGAAGCGACGCAUUACAUAAUGAAGAGCAACGACAACUGGCAAACGAUAAACUUCGCAAAGAAUUCGCACAAAUGGCGACCGAGUUCGAUAAAUUCAUCCAACAACAGAAGACAGCCAUAACCAAAAAUGCAAUGGAGGCCCGUGGUACACUUGAAGAACAGAGAGAUCAACUGAAGCGCUUGGAAUCCGAAUUGAUGAAACACAAAAAGAUGUUGGAUGAUCUAGAUCAUUGCAAUCAGGCUUUGGAGGACGCCUACGUUUUUGACAAUCCAUUUACUACUCUGUCCAUGCCUACUCUACGGGUUGCUUGGGAGCAACUAUUCACUUCACUACACCAUUCCGUAAACGAGAUCGAAAAUCAAAUUUUGACUCGCGACUCCAAAGGGUUGUCAGUAGAACAAAUGGAGGAUCUUCGCACCUGCUUCAGUCACUUCGAUAAAGACCGCACUGGUCGUCUGGAGCCUAAUGAAUUCAAAGCAUGUUUGGUGUCGUUGGGACAUAAGUUUAGUGACGACAAACGCGGGGGUGAAACCGAUUUCUCGCGUAUUAUGCAACAAGUUGAUCCGGGCAGAAAGGGUUACGUCACUUUUGAAGGUUUUCUCAAUUUCAUGACUCGCGAAAGUGCUGAUCAAGACACCGCAGAACAGAUCAUUCAGUCAUUCAAAGCUCUUGCUGGAGAUAAAGGUUGUGUGACAGCUGCCGACCUCAAGAGAUAUCUGUCCCCGGAAGAUGCCGAGUAUUGCAUCGAGCACAUGUCACGAAUGAACGGUCCUGGCGGAGACAAUGGUGCAUUGAACUAUCAGCAGUUUGCAAUAGAAAUUUACGGACCUCGUCGCCAGUGA